AUGGCCACGGCGUGUCUCUUCGACCCAUUGCACAUUCUCAUCGUCGGUGCUGGCACAGGUGGACUAGCUUGUGCCCUAGCAUGCCGUCAAGCCAAACCGCCGAUACGUGUAACAUUGCUCGAGCGUGCCUCCGAACUUCUCCCGAUCGGAGCCGGCAUCCAAAUUCCCCCAAAUGCGGCAAGGAUCAUGGAUUCCUUUGGCCUCUCAGAGAAACUCGUCCAGGCAGGUGGGAUUAUUAUGGAUGCGCAUGUCUUGCGACGGUACGCAAACGGCAGUGUCCUUGUCGACAAAUCCUGGGUCCCGCAGAUGAGAGACCAGUAUGGUGCCGACUGGCUGGCUGAAUAUCAACUGAUGCUUGUUGAUGAGGUGAAGAGGGCAGGCGUUGACAUGCGAAUGGGAGCCGAGGUGAUCAAGGUCAACAUUGACUCAAAUGAACCCUCUGUCGUGCUCAAGGACGGUAGCAUUUUGUUCGCCGACGUUGUCGUCGGUGCGGAUGGCUUGUGGUCGACAACCCGAAAUUAUGUACUUGAGCUUCCCGUAACUCCAAGGGAAACGGGCGAUCUAGCUUAUAGGGGGACGUUUUCAGCCCAGCAACUGGCCAGUUUAAAGGACGAAAGGAUUAGUGAGCUCCUCAGUAGCUCCAGUGUCCAAGUUUGGAUGGGCCCGCAGAAACACGUUGUGUUCUAUCCAGUGAGAAGUCAUACUGAGUUCAAUCUCGUGCUAUUAUGCCCUGACACGGUUCCCAAAGGCAAACGCACAGCAGAAGGCAACUUGAAGGAAAUGGAGGAAUUAUUCGAGGGUUGGGAUCCCAUUCUUCGAAAACUCAUAUCCGGUCUGAAGACGGCUCUUAAAUGGAAGCUACAUCAUGUUCCACGGCAAGAGACAUGGACGAAGGGUGCAUCGGUGCUGAUCGGAGACGCAUCUCAUCCGACAUUACCUUAUCAAGCCCAGGGAGCGGCAAUGGCAAUCGAGGAUGGCGCAGUCCUGGGUUUACUUCUUAGUCACCUAGAUGCACACCGACAAGCUAAUAGAGGGGAUAAGCACGCUCAGGUUGCAAGUAUCUUGAGGCUGUUUGAACGACUUCGAAAGCAGCGGACCGAGAUCAACGUUGCUGGAGCAGUCGAAAAGCAGGACUUCUAUCAUCUUCCAGAUGGCGAUCUUCAAGUUGAGCGAGACCAAGUCCUCUCUGAUAUUGCUCAAACCGAUUUUAAAGCACAGUGUAAGUGGAGUUGGGGUGACAAGUCGUACAAUGAUGAGCUUCUUGGGUUUGAUGUGUUACAUGAUGCCGAAGAGGGAUUCAAGGCCUGGAUAGAACAUGAGUGCCCAAUGGCCUGA